UCAGGGACGCAUACCGGGUCUUGCACUGAAAGAGGCAUUGACUGUACUAGAGUGCAAAGUUUCAGUGAGCACGACACUGUUGGAAGCUGCUAGAUGGGAUGAACAGUGCGUGACGAUUUUAAAUACCCGGGUUAUGAACGCGAAAUAUAAACAGGACAAAAUCCUUGCAAGUGAAGAAAACGACGAAUAGGCCCCGCUUCCCUUGAGAAAUCCUGCCUCCAGGCCCAGAGCUGAUUGGCUGUUGGGCUUAUGCGACGUCAGCGGCGGGGUUGCCAAUUGGUUAGUUUCUGUGUCAGUUACGCUACUUCCUAAAUGUAUCAAAUCAAUGUAUCGGAGCUGAGUCUCGGCGCUUUGGUUACAGUGAGUUUGUCGUCAACGUUUGUUUCUUACUUAUUCCUCUAUUCAGCUGGGGACAAGUGUCUGUCUGGAGAGUGAGGGGUACAGGGUAUUCCCUGCUGCUGAAGCACACAAGAGUAAUGGUGGCUGCAUAGAGGAAUCGGAGAGGGGCUGAAUUGUUCCAGUAUGGGCAAUGGGAUGUGUUCCAGGAGACAGAAGGGAAUGCUCCAGACGGGAUUCUGCGUUCUAGUUGCACUUUGUUUUGGGUUCGGGUCUUACACCUACAUCCACCUGAAGGAGAACGUGAGAAGUGCCGAAAUGCUGGCGCAGAAAUACAAGCAACAGCACGAAUCCGUCUCAGCUCAGUUACAAGUGGUGUACGAGCACAGAUCGAGACUGGAACGCUCAUUGCAGAAGGAACGAGGGGAGCACAAAAAGACAAAAGAAGAUUUUUUGGUUUAUAAAUUGGAAGCUCAAGAGUCAUUGAACAAAGAGAAGCAAGAUGCCAUGAACCGGUAUGGUGCCUUAACUUCCCAGCAUAAGAUACUGAGGAACCAGCACGAUGAAAUAAAAAAACAGCUUUUGGAUCUGCAGCUUCAGCACAACAGCCUUCGGCUAGAGCACAGGAAAGCAGCAGAGACGCACAACCAGCGCUACCUGCAGCUUAAUCAACAGAAAGACCUAGAAAUCAGCACCUUACAAGAUAGCAUCAACAAGCUCAAACAUGAGAGCAAACAACUGCGGAGGGCCCAUCAGGACAUGCAUGAACAACUCACCAAGGCACAGGCCCAGGUGGAAGAGUACAGGCAGCUGAAGGAAGCUCUCCAUGCAAUGCCAAGCUUCAAAAACCCUGGACUAAAUCCAGGCAUUCUGCAGGAACAUAGUCAGGCACGACAAGAACAUCCCCGGGGUCCUGACAGAAACCAGUCACAGGUCGCUGAACAGAAGGAACAGCAGCUGCAAGGCGGGUUGGUGAGCGUGAGGGAACAAACUCUGCCUUCCCAGCGUGAUGGCGGGCGGGAAGCGAAGGACCAGUCUAAAGAACCACGGCAGGUUAAUGGGGGCUUCAGGAAUGCGCCAGCCUGGGAUUCAAACAGCCUGCAGAUUGAGAGAGCCAAUCGCGUGCUACGAUUCACCAGAGCAGUGAAUAGCCUCCAGCCUGACGGACAGAAGUACGUCUUGCAACCCUCCAAGAAUAUAGAAUCCACAGAACUUUGGAAGGAUAUGAAGGUAACUGCCAAACAGGUGGAUCAAACCCACCAUGUCAAGCAAGGUCACAUAUUUCUGGAGGGACAGCCUGCUGCUGGAAACCAACAGCAUCUUCCAACGAAUGAGCAAGAGUUAGAGAGUCAUCUCAUCAGCCGACCAGCCAAGGUGAAAAGGUGGGAUGAGAUUAUUAAUGACGUGAACACAGGCAAUGAUUUUAAACUGCGUGGACAGACAGAUCAAUUCCGCAUCCCCUCGGUGCAGAAUCGUCAAGAGCCUCCACCAGCUCCUCCUCAGGUCACCAGGGGGCAGUGGAGUCUGGGACAUGUGGACACCAAUCAGCAUGUAGAUCAUGUGAGUGAAGUAAGAGAGGAGCCUGAGGAGGAGGAGGAGGAAGAGGAGACAGACAACGGGUUGGAUACAGAGGAUAAAAAUGACGCCGAGAAGCUCUUACUACACACCAAGACUUCUAGGAAUAAGAUGAUUGCACAGGAGCCACUGAUCCCAGAUAUCGAUCAGGAUCCAGCUCAGGAUCCCAAUAACCAGGGAGAAGAUGAGUUUGAGGAAGCUGAACUUGAGAGGCCAGAUUUUGCAGGGAAGGUUCCAGGGCUAAAGGAGCAGCAGCUCCUCAUUAAAUCCCAUCCAAAGGGAGUUCCCGUUGCAAGUAAGGAAGGGGAUGAUGCUGUCGACGAGUAUCAGGAAGAUGAGGAGGCAGAGAAUGAGAAUGAUGGAGGGGAAAUGGAGGAUGACCAUGAAGAUCCUGAACUUAUCCACCAAGAAACCAAUGAAGAUAAUGCUGGAAUCCCAGAUGAUGAAGCCAACAAAGAAGAAGAAUACUAAAGGGACUGAUUUCAGUGGUGUGUAUAUGGGAUGAUUUCUUGUUCCAAUAGUGAGGAGUUGGUGAGCAGAAUUGAAGACUGAAGCUGUUGAUAAAGCAGAAUCCUGUCUCGUGGUGUGCAAGACUAAGGCUGACCGCUAGUAUCUCGACUUUACAUUUUCCCGAACUGCAUCUAACAUCCUGACAGCCAUCCUGACCACAGUCAUUUUGCUUUGCCUGAUCACAUUGUCUGUGUAAACAUGAUGGACUAUGGUGAAUAUUCAGGACCGCAGAUGGAUGAAAGACAUCUGGAGAAUUUCUUGUUAAUAGUAGCACCUUGGGUGAACUAGAAAGGACAAAUAAACAGUCAGUUCAGUGAAGUAAUGAAUUCAUUAAAAUGAUGAAUGUAUAGUGUCUUGACUGUGAAUUGUUCUGUGGCCCAACAUGUUACAUAUUGGAUUAUUUUUAAAAUACGAGUGUCAGAAAGCUGUGUGACUUGCACAUAUUUCACUGCAAUUGAUUCCAUGGAAUCUGGAGAAGGCUGUAUUUCAAUGAGUAUGUGGUACACCAACACAACAAAAUCAACGUAUAAACCAGCAGAAUUUGUUCUCUUCUGUUUUACAAUAUUGUUGACGGUAAACUUAACUGCACAUGAUUGGACUUAGCUUGUUGUUUACCCAGAAUUCAAAUGAUGUGACUCCUCACUUUCCUCUGUCCUCCUUUUCUUCCAGAAGCUAUAAGUUCUUAAACUCAAAUUUAAUGUUGUCAUAUUACUGCUUAUUCAUUUUCACUGCCAUCUCUUCUGCUGAGAUAUCCCUGACAUUCAUCUGGGUCUCUUAAUUUAAAUCUAACCAUAGAAUAAUGGAGCUGCCUAAUGAUUUCUAUCUCUCUUUUCUAAACCUGGCAAGAGCACAAAUUUUAUACUGUCUCUCAUUAUUCCUGUUCAUCUGGGGUAGGAGAAUAUCACACAAUCAGCUGGUGGAGUUGGUCUGAGGGGUCCAGGACUGGUUCGGAGCAAUGGAUUCUGUUCGACCUCUUGGUGCAUUUUGGGUACAUUUACCUAUCUCUUCAGUCUACAUUGUGAGUGAUGCCAUGAUUGAUCCAUUUUUUUAAUGGGGACAACCAAAAUAUUUUGCUAUUUCUUCCUUCCUAAUUUUGGGAAACAAAGUGUUUUAAAUGGAUCAAAUUGACAAAUUCUAGCCAGUAUCUAUGACAUUAGGAUAAGUACAAGACCAUUAGCAAGAUACCAAUUGCACUCUGUUGCAUCGAUCUAUGUGCGUCAGACACAUGGAAUGUAUCAUUAUGCACAAAAUUCAAAUUUUGUGACCAAAACUAGGUGCCUUCUGCAGCCGUUGUGGAGCAGACGCUGGCUCACACCAACAAAACUUUGCAGAUCCUCCAACAUCACAGUGUUUCUAACCUGUAAUCUCAGACAUUUUAUGCUGUGUAUUUUCUGUGCACAAAGUCCAAAUAUUGAGAUUAUUUUAAUAAUUGAAAUAAAAAUGUCAUU